GUCGCCAACAAAGGCGAUGGAGUGCCAGCAGCAGCCCACAGCGCAUGCGCUCCGCAUCCCCUCUUGCCAGCUGAGCAUCAGCACAAUCGCCUCCUCUCAGCGGAAUACCAUGACACCUCAGCAGGCGUCUCCUGUUAGGAGCACUCUCCUCCAUUCAUCACCCGCGCGCAAUCACGUCGCCGCAUCAUAUAGGACCGCGUCAUCUUCUACCAUAUCCCCUUCCUCCACUGGCGCGCCUACUCCCGUCACGGCCCCACCUACCUCUGCUCAUGUCCCUGGACUGGGAGAAGACUGCUUUCUAGACUUGAUGGGAAUGCCAACGCCACCGCCUAGUGUACGCGCAAGAGCAGGCCGUGUGGGGUACAGUGACGGGCGCACAGCGUCCUCUGCUCCCCCACAGGGUGUGGCAGAACUAGUCGCGCUCUCUCCGCGAAGCCGAUUAGAUGGUCGCUGGGAGCCGAUAGAGCCUUUCUCUGAAGACCGGAGCUCUUUAGAACUCGAUCACGCGCAUAUUCUAUGUCUGCAGCAACUCGCGGAGGGUACGCUAUCAGUCGAUGGGGGGCCCGCGUUGCGUGGAAGCCAUAGCUUCGAUAGUGUCCUUACUGCUAGGGUUGAUCCCCAAUCUCCGGACUUGGAGCAUACACCUACCGCCAUCACCCCUCCAGGCGCCAUACACUCUCCGACACUCGAGAUCACCCCACCAACGAAGAACAGCUUCAUCGCUUCAUAUCAUGCUCUCGUCUUCGACGUCCUCCAGACGUUCGAUGGCUCCGCACUGUCCUCCCCGAGCAAUCGUACAUCGCCCGUCCCGUUCGAGAACGGCGACGCGGUCAACCCUUUGCCACCCGAUGACCCGAGGUUUAUCCUCUGGUCCACUCCCACCCCGCCGGUCGUCCCAACAGGCCCUCCCAGGCAAAGUGCGUUCAUAAACGUACAACCUCCGACACCUACUCAAGGCCCGGUCAGGCGAAACCUACUUGCAUGCACCCUUGAGCGCUGGAUCGCCCAGCUCACCUCGAGCUUGGACUAUGACAUCCUCCUCGACACCCUUAUCUCCUAUCGACCGUUUCUCCCUCCUGCAGCGCUCGCACGAUUGCUCAUCAUGCGCUUUAUGUGGACUCUUCAGCAACCUCCCGCAGACUAUCACCCCACCGAGAUCAAGCGACAAGAAGUUGUACGCAAGAUCGUACGCCUGCGGACGAUGCUCGUCAUGCGCUGUUGGCUGCAAGUCUUUUUCCGUGUCGACUUUGUACACAACAAGGAGGCAC